AUGUCCUCCGCAGAGUCUGAUGGCAACCGACAGUCGGGGCUCAUUGCCCUUUGUGUCUUGAUGCUCAUAUUAGCUGUGGUGUCGAUCGCCCUCCGUUGUUGGUCUAUCUGGGGCUCGCCCAAUCGAAAGUUUGGCUACGAUGAUGCAUUUGCCAUCCUAACAUUGCCCUUCAUUAUCGCCGAAUUCGCCCUUGCAUUCUACUGGAUCUCUCUGGGGUUGGGUCGUCAUUCAGCCACAUUACCCAUCAGCAAUCAACUCGCGGGCCCUAAGCUUAUUUUUGCCGCCGCCUACUUAUACGAUUUAUGCAUUACAUUGCCCAAACUAUCGGUGCUUUGCUUCUACUAUCGAGUGCUGAGACGGGGAGCCACCUGGGUCAUCCCUACGCUGUGGGCGGUCGGUGCCCUCUGUGUUUGCUGGCUGAUCGGGUCCGGGUUGUUGACCACCUUCCAGUGUACGCCCAUUAAUGCCGCCUGGCAGGCUGUUCCCGGCGCCAGAUGCUUCACGCAGUGGAAAUUCUUUACCGGGACUGCUGCCCCCAGUGCAAUACUGGAUUUGAUUAUCCUGUUGAUCCCGCUGCCACUUCUCUGGUCGUUGCACAUGUCCAAGGCGAAGAAGGCUAUGCUAAUUGGCCUCUUUAUUUGCGGUUACUCAGUGGUCAUCUUGUCCAUUGGUCGUCUUAUUACUCUCCUGAUGGGCGGUUCUGCCUUGGAAGAGGAUCUGACAUGGAGCACCAUCCGAUAUAUCUGUUGGGUGCAGUGUGAAGGCCCGAUUUCUCUCAUGUCCGUAUGCCUGCCUAAUAUUAUGGAACUAGCACGCCGCCUGCGAAACAAAAAUAAGCAGCCCACUACCAGCGCAUUGUCAUUAUCUAGGAGCAAGCAAACUGCAUCGGAGUUGUUGAGUGGCAACCGAUCGUUUCAUCCCUUCGAGGAAGAUAGAGAGGCCGCCCCGAUGGACCAAUACUCAGGGAAUCCGAACAGAAACCACAUUAAAAGUACAAUCGAAGCAACGCGACCUGUCUCGGAGCGGGAUAUUGCCUGA